UCCUCCAUCACUCUUCACCACACGCCCUCACAUUUCUCAUUUCCUCUGGUUCUUGAAAUUCCUCGAAUUUUCUCUGUUUUUCUCUGUUUCUUUAACACCAUGCUGCUUAAGGCCGCCCCAGCUUUCUCUCUUCUGAAUCCACCUCGUGGAAAGACUCUUGGACCUCUGUUCUCUGUUUCGUCACCGUCUUCUUGUUCAGUUUCUCCUCUCAACUCUUCGGCUUCUUUGGCUUCGAGUCUCCGAUUUUCUUCGGCCAAGAAAGAUAGCGGCUCUGCUAUCUGCUCGGCUUCGAAGGGUGCGAAUAACAAGCCGCUCACCGGCGUCGUGUUCGAGCCUUUUGAGGAGGUCAAGAAGGAGCUCGAUCUCGUCCCCACCGUCCCUCAGGUCUCUCUUGCUCGCCAGAAGUACUCCGACGACGUCGAGGCCGCGGUUAACGAGCAGAUCAAUAUCGAAUACAAUGUCUCGUACGUUUACCAUGCCAUGUUUGCCUACUUUGAUAGAGACAACGUUGCGCUGAGGGGUCUUGCCAGGUUUUUUAAAGAAUCAAGUGAAGAAGAAAGGGGACAUGCCGAGAAGUUGAUGGAAUAUCAGAACAAACGAGGUGGAAGAGUGAAGCUGCAAUCUAUACUGAUGCCCCUCUCUGAAUUCGAUCAUGAGGAGAAGGGAGAUGCGUUAUAUGCCAUGGAGCUAGUACUGUCUUUGGAGAAGCUAACAAGUGAAAAGCUCUUCAACUUGCACGCCGUUGCUGAGCGAAACCAUGAUGUGCAGUUGUUAGAUUUUGUUGAAAGCGAGUUUUUAGCUGAGCAGGUGGAAGCCAUCAAGAAAAUUUCAGAAUAUGUUGCACAGCUGAGAAGAGUGGGGAAAGGACAUGGAGUGUGGCACUUCGAUCAGAUGUUGCUCCAUGAGGAGGAAGCAAUUGCUUGAUGAUGUUUGGUUUUGUUUCUUUCACGUUUACUACUGUGGAAACUGGAGGGUUCUAUGCAGUCUUUCAUUUUGGUAGUUCUACGUUUAGAGAUGCUGAUUGUGGUAAGAAUUUUGAGGUAGAUGUAGAGGGUAUAAUAAUGCAUGUGGAUUUUGAUGUUCAUCUCCUCAGUAUGGAUUCUACUACUACAAGAAAACUAAUGAAUAUUUCCUUUUGCUUGAA